AUGCUGGGAGUGUCCCUGGCAGAGCGCUCUGUUGGACAGUCAGGGAUGAGCACCACCCUCAUGGACUCGAAGGAGAACGAAGGGCACCCUGGAAGCUCCGCGAUGAAGGACAUCGUCCCGCUGGGGCCUGAGGAAUCUGCCAUGGAGGUGGUCCUGAGGAAGAUCCGGGAGCUCUCUGCUUCGGACCACCGAGACCCCUUCAUGGUGGCCGACCUGGGAGUGUUGGCCAGCCGCCACCAGGCCUUCUGCCAGGCCCUGCCAAGGGUCUCGCCCUUCUAUGCGGUGAAGUGUAACAGCAGCCCCUUGGUGCUGCGUGUCCUGGCCGCCCUGGGCACCGGCUUCGACUGUGCCAGCCAGGUGGAGCUGGAGCAGGUGCUGGGCCUGGGCGUCGCCCCAUCACGCAUCAUCUAUGGCAACCCCUGCAAGCCGGUCUCCCACCUGCAGUAUGCUGCCCGCCAUGGGGUGCAGCUCCUGACCUUCGACAGUGAGGAGGAGCUGACCAAGGUGGCCCAGCACCACCCUGGGGCCAGGCUGGUCCUGCGACUGUGGACUGACGACAGCCAGAGCCUCAUCCCCAUGAGCUCCAAGUUUGGGGCCAGCCUGGAGCUGUGUGGACACUUGCUCAAGUCCGCCCGAGACCUCGGCCUGGCUGUGGUGGGCGCCAGCUUCCACGUGGGCUCGGGCUGCCAGAAUCCCCACAGCUUCGCACAGGCCAUCGGCGACUGCCGGCGGGUGUUCGAGAUGGGCCGUGGGGUCGGGCAUGACAUGAGCCUCCUGGACAUUGGAGGGGGCUUCCCCGGAGUGGAGGGCUCUGAGCCGGAGUUUGAGGAGAUGGCGAGAGUGAUCAAUGCUGCCCUGGCCCAGGACUUCACCGAGGGGACCGGCAUUGAAGUCAUUGCGGAGCCAGGCCGCUUCUACGCGGCACCUGUCUGCGUGGCCGCUGUCAACAUCAUCGCCAAGAAGGCUGUGCUGCAGCCUGGAGGCCACCGGAAACUGUUGUACUAUCUCAAUGAGGGCCACUAUGGCAGCUUUCGCGCCUUCCUCAGGGAUCAUGUCCCCAGGAUGCCAAUUGUGGUGAAGGAGCUCUGCUCAAAUCCACCCCGCUUCCCCUGCAUCCUUUAUGGCCCCACGUGCAGUGCCUUUGACACGUUCUACAAUGAGGAGGUGCAGCUGCCCGAGCUGGACGUGGGUGACUGGCUCAUCUUCCCCUCCAUGGGCGCCUACAGUUCAGUCCUGAGCUGCAACUUCAAUGGCUUCCCGCCUGCGUCCAUCCGCUACAUGAUGGGACCUGAGCUCAGGAGCCUGCUGGAGACAGCGCCUUAAGCUGGGACAUGGCAGCUUCGAGUGGCUCCAGACACCUCGCUGCUGCAAAUGUUUCUCCCCAUCCAUCAAUCUUGCUGUUCUCUCCAUUCAGCCACGACCAGAGGAAUCUUUUUUAGCAUCUGUGGGCUGAAGAGAUUUCUCCCCAGAUAUCUGAGGAGAAGAGAUGGGCUGCAGAUGCCACCUAAGGAAGCCAGAAGGCUCACACAGCCCUUAGAGCAGUGGUUCUCAACCUUCCUAAUGCCACAACCCUUUACUACAGUUCCUCAUGUUGUGGUGACCCCCAAUUUCAUUGUUACAAAUUGAACAUAAUUAAAGCAUAGUGAUUAAUCACAAAAACAAUAUGUAAUUUUAUAUGUGUUUUCCGAUGGUCUUAGGCAACCCCUGUGAAGGGUCUUACGACAUCCAAAGGGGUUGCGACCCACAGGUUGAGAACCGCUGCCCUAGAGCAUGUGUUACUCAUUCCUCUAUUCCCAGCUUCUAAAAAUGUGGGGUGGAAAUAUCCACCCUUACCCCUCAGAGGUGUCUGGAAAUACAAAUAUGAGUGGGCUUUAGGUAAACAUAAAACUUUAUUCAGAUGCAAGAGCUGUUGAUGUGUUUUAUGUCUUGCCCUGUAAGUGCUGUCUUGUGGAAUUUAGCUAUCUAUCCAUCCAUCCAUUCAUCCAUCCAUCCAUCCAUCCAUCCAUCAUUCAUCCAUCCUUUAAAUACCCAUCCAUUUAAACAUUGAUCCAUCUAUCCAUUCAUCCAUCCAUAAUCUAUUCAUCCAUUCAUCCUCUGAUUCAUCCAUCCACCCACUCAUCCAUCCAUCUAUGCAUUUAUUCAUCCAUCCAUCUAUCCAUCAUCCAUCCAUCCUUUAAAUAUCCAUCCAUUUAAACAUUGAUCCAUCCAUCCAUCCAUCCACUUGUCCAUCCAUUCAUCCAUCCAUAAUCUAUUCAUCCAUUCAUCCUCGGAUUCAUCCAUCCACCCACUCAUCCAUCCAUCUAUCCAUUUAUCCAUCCAUCCAUCCAUCCAUCCAUCCAUCCAUCCACCCAU